CUACCGGCACUGUUACCGGGCAAAAAAGGUGAUGUUAGGUUUAGGUAGAUAACUACCUACUUUUUUCAAAAAUUUGAGUCCUGUUUGUUGUCACGUUUGUAUUGCAUCAGCUAUUGUUGAGCUAUUGGUACAUGACGACACGGCAAAUAAAGAGAUCGUAUUACGGACCAGAUUCCAUUUUUAAAACAAAGUCUAAUUUGACAUUUGAGCUCAAUGUCAGCGCUACCUCAAAAUUUUACCUUUGCUUACUUUACUUUUUUAUAAAAAUGGAUAAAAAGGACUGUGACUCAAAGUUUUCCUUGUUAUCGUUGUUUAAUUUAUUUAAAUUAGGUCUUUUUGAUACUAUUUACGCUAAAGGUCCAGCUAGUGAAAUCCACUCCCCUCGAAAAGAACAUUGGCAACAUUGUGGAUCGCCACGAAAAUCUUCCUCAAAGGAUUCUUCUGCAUGUUCCACGGUUGGAGUCCAAAAAGAUCCUUGUGCCGAUAAAUCUGCCGGUGGUGAUGCACCGUUCAACAAAGUAUGCAAAUGUAAGGGACCUGAUGGCAAGAAUACAGCUGGUGACCGAGGUAAAACUGGAGCAGGCGUAACGGGUUCCAGGGCGGGACGGACUUGUGAGAAGGAAUCUGACAAUCUACCGGCGGGUGCAAUCAAUCCAGGGCUUCUGCGGCAUAUUCAUAAUGCAGCUCGAUAUAGAUUACCGCAAUGUUUCGAAGGAGGCUGUGUAUCUUUAAAACAUAGUUCAAAAUCCAACUGGGUGUUUGGUCAUUCUCUUUCAUUCAGUUCUGUGUCGCCAGGAGGUUAUAAGGUGCUGUUGUCAUACGUAGAUAAGGAAAAACCGACUUCGUUGCCUUAUUUUGUAAUGGAAGCAGCGCCCGGUGGCCAAAUGAGCUGUGAGAUGCGGGUAGGCCCCACUCUAGGCACGAGGGCAACAGUGGUUGCGCAGAUAGCUGAAGGAGAAUUCUAUAGUUUCGAGAGCAUCAUGGAUGCCUACUGUAACAGGUUUACUGCAUCUAUAAUCGCUGUGAACAGAGAGUUUAUUGCACUCCAUUAUCUUCAGGCUGUGACUGAUCAGUUGUCGCUGGGUGCGGAGGUCGUGGCUCGCGGACAGUCCGCGGAGCUGAGCUCGGCGUCGGGCGCCGGCCGCUGGGUCACCGAGAAUCACUCCAUCAGUGCAACACUCGGAAACAGAGGCUUAGAUCUUUGUUACGCAAGAGAUAUCAAACCCUUCCUCACAGUUGCUGCAAUGCUUGAGGUGGGAUUCGCAAUCCGACGUGCGGUAGCAACACUGGCAUAUGAGUGGCAUACAGAAGAGUGGACGGUGCGAGGAUCGGCAGACUCCGACGGACUAGUGGGAGCCACACUGCAGAGGUCACUCGGAGGGAAGAGGGCAAAACUUGCUUGCGCCAUAUCAGCACUCCUCAACCAUCCUAACGAUAAGUUCAGGCUCGGGUUCGGAAUCACUGCCGCGAUUAUUUAGAUCUUAGCAACCAUUGCAUCUAAAUACUGCGCUACGUAGACUGCCUUUUUCAAAGGAGAUAAUCAUCAAAUGACUCCUCCCGCCUGGGUGAGGCGAAAGGCAGUGUCGGACUCUAAAAACUACCCUGUUCCUACUCCCGCUCUCCGAGCCGGAGGCCCGGUAACCCAUUUUGUCUUCCGCGGCUCCUGCUCUCUAGGCUGCU